AUGUCCCUCUCUCCCAACCCUGCUGCAAAAUUGGAUGUAGCUGGAAUGGUGACCGGUUGCAACCCAGAUUCUUCGAGCGUGACCGUAUCAAUAGAUUGGUUUGACAACCGAUAUGGCGGGUGGAUUAUUUCCGAAGGACGCGAGCAGGCUCAUUCAAUGGUCGAUGAUGCACUUCAUGUUCCAUUCAUCAUCCACCAGAAUGCUGCUCUGGUGGAGGUCAGUAAGGUCCAGAAAGAAGGGACCUCGAAAAGAUCAUGGCGAAAGAAACAAGGCCAGACACUUCUCAUAACCAUCAACGCAGAUACAUUCCUGAUAGAAGUCAUCCUGGAGACCAUUGACUGUAUUGGGCUGCUAUAG